CUCGCAAACAUUAUUUAUGAUGCCAACAAUUCUUCUAGCCUCAUUUUCAUUUUCUUCCGAUAUUACUUGCUUCAACUAGUCAAACAUAACUAUCGUUCUGAGAGCACGCAAUGGCAGACCCUCUCAGCAUCGCGGGGUCUGUAGUUGGUAUCACUACAGCUGGUGUACAAGCCUCCGUGAAGCUAUACGCCCUCGCGGAAAAAGUUGCGACAGCUAGCCAAAUGAUCACAAACAUCGCGGACGAUAUCAGCAGCACAUGCGCGAUCUUCAACCAAGUGCGCGAACUGAUCAUACCUCAGCCUGAUGCGCAAGGCGUUCUCAAGUCGGUUUUCAACUCCAUCGCUCUAAAAGACAUUUCGGAUGCCCUUUAACGUUGCAGGCUAGUCUUUACGGAGAUUAGAAACCUGCUGAGUCGUGCAUUUGAACAAGUGGGGAAGCGCCCUGCUUUGCACUCAAAAAUUGAGCUAUCCAUGUUUGAAAAGGCAAAAUGGCCAUUCUUGCAACCCCAAUUCGAUGAUCUUCGCAGCAACCUCCGAGAUGCAAAAGGCAAUCUUGUUCUUAUGAUAGCUGUGGCUACCCUUGCCCUUGCGCAAAGGGAUGGUCGUCAGCGACCGAUCCACGAAACGGAGAGACUGGAACUUGGGUCUACUAUUGUACAGCUGGAACAAGCGCGUAGAAUCAAACCACAUGAACCGACGGUACAUAAAGUCUCCAAACAGCCUCGAGGCACGACUAUUUCGUCUGAGGAGAAUGCGUUAGAAUCUCAGAGUACGAAUUUAAUGGAAGCAUCCCCGCCCAGCCCACAACAGAACAUCGACCCUGCCUUAGUUUCCAGCAGCAGAAAACAUGGAGUCUCUUCGAUCACUAAAGAUGUUAUUCUGGCACGUUUGCCUUUGAAACCUCCUGGUAACGCGCGAUUGCGGGACCAAGGGAUCCUUGACAGGUCGAGCCCGGCUGCCGAAGUAGAGGCAAAUACCCUGCCCAAGUUACUCCCAGAUAUGAGAUCUAUUACAUGUCCUGGUUCGGAUUUGCUCCAUGCGCAGCAUUCUUCCGAACGGCCUUUUCUUCAAAAGUCUAUGGCUUCAAUGCCAGUUUCCAAGUCGGCUGGAAUCAUCCAAAUUCCUAAGAAUCGACCACAAGAGAAAACCGCGUCGAAGAAUCUUACCCUCACAUCUUCAAUGUCAAGUACCAGCGAUAAAACAAGCUACUAUCAAGGAUGGUCUACCAACUAUCUCCAAGGGCUCACAACUGGAAACGGAGAUUCUAUUACUUUGAAUAAGAUGAAGCUCCCAGAACGGUCCCUCCAGAAACUGGUCAAGACAUACUUUGACGAGGGUCACGAUCCACACAUCGGGAUGCUCGAGCUCACCAAAGAGCAGCAGGAUAUCAUCAAACGGAACUGCUUGGAUCAAUCUGAUGCUGAGAUAGUGUAUGUCCAUGUGCAACACAACAUCACCAUCUCCAGCGUAUUUGGCAUACUAAACAUUGAAACGCUGAAUUGGAUAGUUGAUAUCAAGGGAUCUCCUCAGCCCACUAGUCCGGUUGUCCAAAAUAGAAUGACAUACAUUCCACGCCCUCCUACCUCUAUCCGCCGUACGAGCGACAUGAAAACCCUAUUCAUGAAACUUGUAGGUGCAAGACGAAAGAGUGUUAGGCGUUACCCACCACCACCGGAUAAUGAUGAAACUCGAAGAUUCCCAGAAAUCCCUAGCGAAGGUUUUCCCAACUAUGAUCUUCAAAGGACCAGCAAUCUUUAUGAAUUGAUUGAACCAGGUAGACACAAAAUUCAUAGGCCAAGCAUCAAAUAUGUGCCUCAAAGAGCAGAGGAAAACGACACCAAAUCUUCACAGAAGCUCCUUGAACGUCGUGACACACUUGAGGUACCAAAGUUUGUACACAUGAGAAGGAAAUUUAUUCCGACCCUACCACCUGCUGAGGAGAACGGGGAAGACAUUGUGAGGGAGCUUCUAGCCCGAUGGAUAGUCUCAUAACCUAUCUUUUCUUCUUCUCCUACUUUUUUAUAAUCUCUGUGCUUCCUUAUGCCCUUCUCUUUUCCACAAGAGUUCUGCCCUUCAUAUGCCGAAUGAUUGCAGUUACGCUAUUUCUGCCUUAUUCCUAACCUCUUGGCGAUCUAUAGAUUUAAUAAUUCAAGCGGCUCCUAUCGAAUUUUGUCUAUCUGUAGCUUCGUAUUUUUAGAGUAGAACUGGCUAGCUGUUGGUUUUCUUAUUGUUUUUUGAGAUGUUCAAUCUGAUACGCUAUACAGCAAACAGAUAGAAACAAGUCAAGUCAUUCAUUUUCUAAAUUGUUCAAAAAGCAUUGUGAGAGCAACUUAACGUAUAAGGUGGAC